GACUAGACUUUAAACCAAAGUUGAUUUUCACGAUCGCACUUGUGAAAGAGAAAUGGCUGCAAUGACAACUUCAUCAUCACCUUCACCGUUCUCCUUCUAUCCCGCCAAAUCCAGAAAUAAAAUCAACCCCAGGAAAUUUAACCCACCUCCAAGCUCCAUUGAAACUAAAACCUUUCCUCUUCAUCUCUCAUCAAAACCCCCCAAUGCCCCCAAAAACAAUCGCAGACUUACCACUCCAAAACGGGAACAAACAACAUAUCCUUGGUCAUUCCCGCUCCAUAAAAAAAACCCACUUGCAAUUUACAAAGAUAUUCAGAGGUUUGCUAGAAAAAAUAAGCUUAAAGAAGCUUUAACCAUUUUAGAUUACCUAGAAAAACAGGGUAUCCCUGUAAAUGUCACUACUUUUUCUGCAUUAAUUGGUGCUUGUAUUCAUUCAAAAUCAUUAGCUGAAGCAAGACAAAUUCAUGCCCAAAUUAGGAUUAAUGGGCUUGAAAACAAUGAAUUUCUCAAACCUAAAAUUGUUCAAAUGUAUGUUUCUUGUGGAUCAUUGGAUGAUGCAAAAAGGGUAUUUAGCGAUAGUGGUGAUGGAAGUAGUAACAGCAUUUAUGCUUGGAAUUCUUUGCUUAGAGGCCAUGUGAUUGCUGGUGGUCGAAAUUAUAAGGAUUUGUUGUAUGUAUUUUCAAGAAUGAGAGAAAUUGGAGUUGAAUUUAAUGUUUAUAGUUUUUCUUGUUUGAUUAAGAGUUUUGGCGGCGCCACGGCUUUUAGGCAAGGUUUGAAAAUUCAUGGGUUAUUAAUUAAGAAUGGUUUUAUAGGCAGUGAAAUACUUAAGACUAGUCUUAUUGAUAUGUAUUUUAAAUGUGGUAGAGUUAAGCUUGCAUAUCUAAUGUUCGAUGAAAUGCCUAAGAGAGAUGUUGUUGUGUGGGGUGCAAUGAUUGCAGGAUUUGCACACAAUAAUUUGCGAAGUGAGGCGAUUAAAUAUACUAGGUGGAUGAUAAGGGAAGGUAUAGUGCCAAAUUCGGUCUUGCUGACAACGAUACUUCCUAUCAUUGGAGAAGUCGGGGAAGUGAAGUUGGGUAAGGAGGUUCAUGCCUAUGUGUUAAAGAAAAAAAUGUACCUAGAGCAACCAUUCAUAAAGUCAGCGUUGAUAGAUAUGUACUGUAAAUGUGGAGAUAUGACUUCUGGGAGGAAGGUGUUUUACAAUUCUAAGGAUAGGACUACUGUAUCAUGGACUGCAUUGAUAUCUGGUUAUAUCGCAAAUGGUAGGCCUGAUCAGGCUUUGAGGUCGAUAACAUGGAUGCAGCAAGAAGGGUUUAAGCCGGAUGUUGUUUCGUUGGCAACAAUACUUCCCGUUUGUGCCAAGUUGAAGGCAUUGAGGGAAGGAAAGGAGAUUCAUGGGUAUUUGGUGAAACAUGGUUUUUUGCCUAAUGUAGCAUUGCUAACUUCACUGAUUGUGAUGUACUCGAAAUGUGGUGUCUUGGAGAUCAGCCGUCGGUUGUUUAAUGCCAUGGAGACAAGGAAUGUUAUUGCUUGGACGGCGUUUAUGAAUUCAUGUAUUGAGAACAAGCAUCUGUAUGAAGCCUUGGAGGUCUUCAGGUCAAUGCAGAUGUCGAAACAUAGGGCUGAUGCCGUCACAGUAUCAAGGGUACUCGACAUUUGCAUCGAACUACAACUGUUAAAACAUGGAAAAGAGAUCCAUGGACAAAUCUUGAAGAAGCAUAUUGAACAAAUUCCUUUUGUUUCAGCAAGGCUGGUGAAAAUGUAUGGAAGAUGUGGACUGACUGAGAAAGCAAAGUUGGUGUUUGAUCUUUACCCUUGUGAAGGUUCAAUGGCGCCAACGGCCAUGAUGGUGGCUUAUGGUUAUAACAACUGUUUUAGAGAAGCCAUUGAUCUUUUUUACAAGAUGUUGAGUGAUGGUAUGCCCCCGAACAUAAACGCCUUUGAUGUGGCUUUAAGAAUUUGUGAACAAGCUGAGUUCGUGGAGGCGGGUUGUAAAAUCUUCCAACUCAUGGCUCAGAAAUAUAAAUUAACAGCAUCUAAAGCGCAUUACUCUCUUAUUGCUGGACUGCUUACUCGUUCAGGCAAUACUGAGGAGGCUGAAAGAUAUAUCCAGUGGGGUACUAUGUUGGAUUCUUAACAUUGAAUUAAUGUGUUUUAUGCGUGACAUUCUGUACUACUGUUGAUAGGUGCAAUACAAGCAAAGCUAUUGCGUAUAUCUUUGUAUAGCAUGAUUCUUCAAAUGUUAUGUAAAUUUUAUUUCUGAAUUUUCCAUUCUUUGGAUGACGUAUGAGAAGAUUUUAGAACGGAAAAGUAACAGCCAAUGUUAAUCAUUUUCCUCCCAAAACCAAAUGAAAUCGCGAAGGAUUAAUACGGAGAUGUAAAUUAUACAUUUAAUAUGCUAAUGUUGUUUGUUAGGAAAUAAUGUACGUUUUUGGCUAAUAAAAUUAGAC